GAUUCUUGGUGGACAGCUCUCAUAGCCCCUCCUGGGAGCAGGAUGAAAAAUGUCUACAGAAAAAUAGCUUUAUGAAGGCCAGAGAACUUUAUGUCCCAGCAAGACAUGUCUGAAAGCUCCUCAGGUCAAAAUGCAAGCAGUCAGGAGAUCUGUCCAUCUAAUUCAUCCUAUAGCUCCCAUGUGAGUGACUCACACCCUGGGUCAGCUCUCUCGAGGAACAGAACAUUAUAUUCACGUUCAGAUUCUGGAAUAUCAUCCCUGCUUCCAUCAGAUUAUUUUAAGUACCUGACUUGGCACAAGAUAGAACAAAAUGACAUCCGAGGAAGUCAACUGCGUUGCCCAAGAGUAAGAGAAGGACCCUCUGCAGAAGGGCUGGUCUUCAGACAGGAGGCGUGUACACUGCCUCCACGGAAAAGAGUCCUCGAAAAAAAUGAAUGGGAAACAUGGCUGCAAGAAAACUGGGAGGACUGCACGAAUUUGAACAUUUCAUUUCAGGAUUUGGGGGACCCUUAUCAAGUUGCAAAUUUUAACAGGAUUCUUAGAAGACUCAUUCGAGUUGAAACCCUCUGGUUAGUGGAUAAUUCACUGGUGGAUUUAAGUGCCAUAAGAUUGCCAAGCUGCAGAGUUUUAAAUAUGAACAAAAAUCAUCUCACAUCUUUCAAACAAUUGCCAAAGAUACCACAGAUACAGCAUUUAUUCUUGGCUGAAAACCAUAUUGAGACUCUGACCGGGCUUUCCAGUUUACAGUGCACACCACUAGAAUCCCUCACGCUCAAGAGGAACCCUUGUGAGUUUCACCAAAACUACCGGAAACAAUCCUCCAAUAAGACAGCACAGUUCAAAAGAGAAAGGACUUAAUGAUAGAGCUAAUAGUAGUAUUCUCCUGUUUGCCAAACUUAAAAAUGCUGGAUGGGAUCCUGAAGUUACCAGAAGACUCUCCACCACCAGAAACCAAUAUUUUUUCAAAAGUCUGUAUUAUAUCCUAAUGUACUCUCUAUAGAAAGAAUCACCAUUGUCUUUAAAAGUUAAUAAACAGGAAAUUCAUGACUAAAUAUUA